GACUCUGGUAGUACUAGAGACUGAAAUCCAUCCGAUCUUCAACAACACAACUGCGUCCUUUCUGACUGACUACAGAGUCUUGAAGAUUCUUCUAUAGAUGCUCUUUGAAGGCUGACUUUGCUCUUAUUGACGGUGUAUUUUCUACUCUUGUGAUACUUACUUGCUAUGCCGGGUCUCCUGGGUACCCGCAGGAAAGAACUUCCGAAGAACUCACCUAGCUGGUCGUAUAACCUUCACAACCAUUCUGCUCUGCUUGAAUCGGAUUCAGAAUCAGACACAAGCUCAAGCUCGCCUAUUGGAAGCCAAAAGCCUGUUAUAAUAUCUGAAGAUGCUAGGCUGCUGCGCGAGCUUGACUUGUCCUCUCGACCCGAUGACGCGGUUUACAACGCAAAUCCUUGGACUAUCGCGAAGGUCAACGCUGCAUCUCGCCCUAAUGUUGUAUCUCCCGCUGUGACGAUUACCAAAGCCCAUGCAGUCUCCAGGAAACGGCCUACAGGACCCAUUGCUGACGCAUUCAAGAAACAGCUAUCAAGACCCGGAACGAAGGUCGCAACCAAGAACUCUGUAUCACAGAAACCCUACUCGAUUCCUGAUCAAAGCAGGAAGUCAAAAGCGGCUCCGCAAUCAUUGCCCAUUAAUCAUGCUGUCUUCAAUUCUUUUUCGAGGCCGUCGUCACAAUUCCCAUCAGACGACCCUUCAAAUGUCGCAUCCACUUUUCCCUCUCACGUUAAUACUCAUGAAUGCCUGAAGCAUGUCCAUGCUAACAUAGAACCUCCUUUGGAAGCUACGUCACUAACCAACCUGCCUCCCGCUCCUGAUUCUGCAGCGCAUAUACCCAGGUCCGAAGACCCCAAUGAAAGGAUCCUCCCGUUGGUCCCUGGUACCAACCUUGUCAAUGCUAUUGCGUCAGACUUGCAAACCAUCCCUCUUACUCCCGAAGAUAUUUUUAUGACCGAGGAUGACCCGGCAAGGGUUGCAUUAUCGUAUACUUUCCCUUCAGCAAGUACACAUUCCGGCGGACUCCCGCGACCUUCCAUUUUUCUUAGUCCUAGCACCAGAGACUAUACCUGUCGGCGUCAUAUACGAUCACCGAUGUCUAGUCCUAUUCCGUCAAGAUUAUCGGGAUAUCCUCCACGCAUGGCAGCCUCAUCCCCCUUUCGAGGAGAUUCUAAUAUUCCACAUUUAUCAAAUUUUUUGUUGAAACGCCCCUCUUCUACACGAUGUCCAAGUAAAGGACGCGAUUCCCAUCCUAUCUCGACUGCUAUUCCAUCCUCUUCUACAGACCCUCCUUUUCGCCGACCUUCGCCCUCUUUUCAUGCUUCCAGUUCUUCCCGCCCGCUGCUUAGCCACACGCAUCUUCAACCGAAGGGUCCAAUCUUUCGGCGUCCUCCACGGGAUGCCUAUGAUGCCUUCCCUGUUUCCCCUGAUUCCAACUGGUCUAGCCUCCCUACCCCCGCGAAGCGCCUACGCCCUGCUCUUGAGAAAACAUCAGGAAAAUUCAAAAUAUCUCAGUUUGCCAAGAAACUACCCGUAGGAGCGGCUCAAAGUAGCACACAAUACUCUGGUUCUUCGCGAAUAACGACCUACCUUCCUCCGCCGCCGCCGAAAUCAGGAACUGAAGAACGUGCUGGUCCAGGCGUCACCUCCUGGCAUGUGAAGAAAGCGGGCCAGCCAUUUGUUCCCAAGCGUUCAAAAGCUCAUUUUGACGAACCCAAACCUGUGCCUCCUCUAAACAAGAAUACUCACCAUCUAGGGGAAGCAAAUGCUCGGUUCGAGCCUGACAACCUGGAACAGAGAUACAGGAAGGUCAGACAAGCUGCGCGCGAGUAGCGAAAACGUCCAGAAUCCCAACUCUGGGACAUCCUUGGAUUGCCUAGUUGUGGUCAGGUAUAUUUGGAUGGCUUGUCGAAUGAGAAUAUGGACAGCAUAAAAGCGGUCGGUCUGGACGAAGGAGACGCAAGAGUGCAGGACGGCAGGUUUGAAAUACGAAUUGUUGCUUGGGAAGGUCUUACGUAGAUGCCAUACAUCGGACAGGUCUAUUGAAGAGAUUCCGAACUGUAUUUGAUAUUGCAAUAGUUUGUGCUAUUCUGCGUAUGUGUAAGAGCUGAACAAGCAAGCUGAUGAUGGAGAGCUAUGGGAUACAACAAUUUCGCGACGAGAGCUAAUACAGUAUUAUUUGGGGU